UGGCAUGUAUGAGUGCAGCUGCUUAGGACCCCUCGCCCACCAGGGGGCGCUCCUGUGUCUGCUCAUCUGUACGGUUUUUGGCUCUGUCUGUCCUUCUGUGUGAUGGCUGCAGUCUGAAGACCUGUGGAUUUUAUUGACACGCUCUCUCUGGACAGUGGACACCUGAGGAGGGGAGAGGCCUGAGGGAACAAUGGCCAAGUACCACUGGCAGAGUCAAAAUGUGAAGCAAAGUGGAGUGGAUGACAUGGUCCUGCUCUCCAAGAUCACAGAGGAUGCCAUCGUGGAAAACCUCAAGAAAAGAUACAUGGACGACUACAUCUUUACCUAUAUCGGCCCUGUGUUGAUAUCGGUUAACCCAUUCAAACAGAUGCCCUAUUUCACUGACAGAGAGAUUGAACUUUAUCAAGGAGCUGCCCAGUAUGAGAAUCCACCUCACAUCUAUGCCUUGACCGACAACAUGUACAGAAACAUGAUGAUUGAUGGAGAGAAUCAAUGUGUCAUCAUCAGCGGUGAGAGUGGUGCUGGGAAGACAGUGGCUGCUAAAUACAUCAUGGGUUACAUUUCUAAAGUAUCUGGAGGAGGAUCAAAAGUCCAGCAUGUUAAAGACAUCAUCCUCCAGUCAAACCCACUGCUGGAAGCCUUUGGUAAUGCCAAAACCGUCCGCAACAACAAUUCUAGUCGUUUUGGUAAAUACUUUGAGAUUCAGUUUAGCAGAGGAGGAGAACCAGACGGUGGCAAAAUAUCAAACUUCCUGCUGGAGAAGUCAAGGGUGGUGAGCCAGAAUGACAAUGAGAGGAACUUCCACAUUUACUAUCAGCUGAUAGAGGGCGCCAACAAUCAGCAGAAAGAGGGCCUGGGCCUCAUGACCCCAGACUACUACUACUACCUCAACCAGUCUGGGACCUACAAGGUGGAUGGAACCAAUGAUAGCAAAGACUUCCAGGAGACUAUGGAAGCCAUGCAGGUGAUCGGGAUCCCAGGUGACAUCCAGGCUCAGGUGCUGCAGAUUGCUGCAGGUAUACUCCACCUGGGAAACAUCAGCUUCAUAGAGGCAGGCAACUAUGGGCAAGUGGAGAGCAUGGAUUUACUCGCCUUCCCUGCCUAUCUGCUGGGCAUCGACCCCAACCGCCUGCAGGACAAGCUGACCAGCCGGAAGAUGGAUUCAAAGUGGGGUGGGAAGUCUGAGUCCAUCAACGUGACCCUGAACCAGGAGCAGGCCACCUACACACGAGACGCCCUGGCCAAAGCCCUCUAUGCACGAGUCUUCGACUAUCUUGUGGAGGCCAUAAAUAAAGCCAUUCAAAAGCCACAUGAAGAAUUCAGUAUUGGAGUACUUGACAUUUACGGCUUUGAGAUAUUUCAGAAAAAUGGCUUUGAGCAGUUCUGCAUCAACUUUGUCAAUGAGAAACUGCAGCAAAUAUUUAUUGAACUCACUCUGAAAGCUGAGCAGGAAGAGUAUGUUCAGGAGGGCAUCAAAUGGACUCCCAUCGAGUACUUCAACAACAAGAUUGUGUGUGACCUCAUUGAAAAUAAAUUGAACCCUCCUGGAAUAAUGAGUGUGCUGGAUGAUGUGUGUGCUACCAUGCAUGCCAAAGGAGAGGGUGCAGAUGGAACUCUGCUGCAGAAACUGCAGGCUGCAGUGGGAACGCAUGAACAUUUUAACAGCUGGAACUCUGGCUUUGUCAUACAUCACUACGCUGGCAAGGUGUCAUAUGAUAUCAAUGGCUUUUGUGAGCGAAACCGGGAUGUGCUUUUCCCUGACCUCAUUGAGCUCAUGCAAAGCAGCGAAUAUAACUUCAUCCGUAGCUUGUUCCCUGAAAACCUCAAUACAGACAAGAAAAGCAGGCCGACCACAGCUAGCUCCAAGAUCAAGAAACAAGCUAAUGAUCUGGUGAACACCCUGAUGAAGUGCACUCCUCACUAUAUCCGCUGUAUUAAACCCAACGAGACUAAAAGACCUAAAGACUGGGAAGAGAGCAGGGUUAAGCAUCAGGUGGAGUACUUAGGACUUCGGGAAAACAUACGUGUGAGGAGAGCUGGGUUUGCGUACCGGAGAGUCUUCAAUAAGUUUGUGAUGAGGUAUGCCAUUCUUACAGCAGAGACGUGGCCAUGCUGGAGGGGUCCGGAGCAGCAGGGGGUCCUCCACCUCCUCCAGUCUGUCAACAUGGAUAAUGACCAGUACCAGUUGGGACGAACCAAAGUCUUUGUCAAGAACCCCGAAUCGCUGUUUCUGCUUGAGGAGAUGAGAGAGAGGAAGUUUGACACUUUCGCCAGGAUCAUCCAGAAAGCGUGGAGGAGGUACAUUGCCAGGAAGAAGUAUGAACAGAUGAGAGAGGAGGCCUCAGACAUCCUGUACAACUCCAAGGAGCGGAGGAAGAACAGCAUCAACAGGAACUUUGUGGGAGACUACCUCGGUCUGGAGCAGAGGCCUGAGCUGCGACAGUUUCUGACCAAGAGGGAGCGCGUCGACUUUGCUGAUUCAGUGAACAAGUUUGAUCGCAGGUUCAAGUCUAUCAAGAGAGAUUUAAUCCUGACCCCCAAAGGCAUCUAUCUUGUUGGUCGAGAGAAGGUGAAGAAAGGACCCGAGAAAGGACAGAUAAAGGAGGUGCUGAAACGAAAACUGGAGUUUGAAAGCAUCAGCGGUGUCUCUCUCAGUACAAGACAGGAUGAUUUCUUCAUCCUGCAUGAGGCCCAGUACGACAGUCUGCUGGAGUCCAACUUUAAGACAGAGUUCCUCAGCCUGCUCUCUAAACGCUAUGAGGAGGUGACCAAGAGAAAACUGACAAUCUCCUUCGCUGACAGACUAGAGUUCAGAGUGAAGAAGGAAGGCUGGGGUGGAGGAGGCUCCAGAGUGGUGGUGUUCCAGAGGGGCCAAGGUGACCUGGCCCAACUCAAGCCUGGAGGGAAGACCCUUUCCAUCACAGUAGGGGACGGUCUACCCAAGUCCUCUAAGCCAACCAGGAAGAAUGCUCCACAGUCUCAUGGUGGAAGAAGGAAUCACGUAGCCAACAGAGCGCACCAGAAUGGAGCAGCCCAGUUUUCCAGAGGCCAUCACAAUCAACAAGCAGAUAUCACAUAUUCCUCUCCACAAAAACACAGCCGGCCACCCAGCACAGCCCCGCCCAAACUGGGUUCCCAGAGGGCCCAGAGGGCCCCAAGAGUCCCGUCCCACAACCAGUACAACCAGGGGAACAUGGACUUCCUCAAUGUGCCUGACCAGGGCAUGUCAGGGAAGCAGAGGAGAAGGAGCGUCAGUCAGCGACCUCCUCCUGCUCCUAAACCACAGCCUCGACCCCAGGGACCUCGCUGCCGAGCCUUAUAUCAGUACAUUGGCCAGGACACGGACGAGCUCAGCUUUGAUGCCAGUGAUGUGUUUGACCUUGUCAAAGAAGAUCCAUCAGGCUGGUGGACAGGCAGGAUUAGAGGAAAGGAAGGUCUCUUCCCUGGUAACUAUGUGGAAAAGAUUUGAUCAGGACACGAUCAAUCCUCGUGGACCCAUCUGCCUUAUGAGAAACAUAUCACUUCGCUGAAAGUAGCAUAUACUGUUUGCUAUAAGCAGCUGCUUGAGAAUUGUUCAUGGUUGCAUGGUAAAUAACAACAUAAAAGGCUGUUAAUAGUUGGACCUACCUGACACUUGACACUGAACUUGCUUGGCAAGUACUGGCUGGCAUGUACUGCUGUACAUGCAGAGCAUGGGAAACAUGGGUAGAAUUGGUAAAACACAGCUCCACUGCAAAGAACUGCUCAGAUUUCUUGUCUGUUGUUGUUCCGGACUAUCCUGUUCAGAAUGACCUACAACAGGAUUUCUGCCGACACUCCUGCAGAGCCCUUCUUUCAGCCAUUAUGUCAGUGAAAAUGACUCAAAGGUAAACUAACCUGAAAAUAAUGCAUUGCUUUAUGGUGUCUACAAUGUUUAUAUUUGCCUGAACCUUUUCUCCACGGCAGCCCAGUGCUGUUCAGUAUUCUUGAUUAAGUCAACAGCAUAAAGUAAUAAUAGAUUUUGUACUUAAAAAUCUGUUGACAUGCAACAAGUCAACUUGCCUUUCAUGUUUGCACCAUAACAAACCUGCUUCAGAUGAAUCAGUGCCAUUACCAGAGACAAUAUUUUUUGAUGUCAUUUAAAAAAGAAUUUUAGGUUUUUUAUUCAUGAAUUUUUACUAAUAUGUUUGGUAUUUUUCUAUGUAUUUUGUCAACUCAAAAAAAUAAAUAAAAUCAUAUUGUUACCUCAGUUACCUCUGCACUGAUCUAGAUUGUGUCAUCAGUAAGUUGUGAAAGAUUUCUGAAGAACAAAAUUGAAGCAGGUGACUGAAUAAAAAUAGG